AUGGGUGGCUUCACCGUGUCACUCCUGAGCCUCGUCUCGACAGUCGCGAAACCACAUCACCAAGGCGUCCUAGUCUUCCUCACGGCGGAUAUCGAGGAUGUUGAUGGACUGGACUCAGGCGAUACCAGCAUCACGGUCAACGAGCAGCUGCGAAUCUGGCUACAUGACCGCUACUCGACACACAGGACCGCGAUUUCGCACGAGCAGAAUAAGAACUUCUUCAACAAGGACGAGACAUGGAUUUUGGCUUCUGCGCCCGACACUCAAGCCUUGUUCUAG